AAUAGUUACUCUCAAAUCUGAAAGCUUUUUCAAUUUUUCUCUCCCAUGGCGGAGGUUUCAAACAUUCACUUUCCCGAGGAAGACGACGAUGGAGAAGAAGUAGUAGAGGAAGUAGAAAUCCCAGAAUCAUCUUCGGUCCAUUACUGUUUCAACAGAAACUUCGAUCUUGAUCAUGGCGACAUCUUCGCCUCCGAUUCAUUCUCUCCACAGUUCUCCGAUUUCAUACCCUCAGAUCACUCCUUCCAUUCUCACAUUCUCUCCGACGACCGAGACGUCGAAGAAAUUCGUGACCAUGAACCGUGCCUUUAUGUUGUAGAUGGUGAUGAUUCUUACUCUGAUUCCGUCACCGACGUCAAUUACUUCAACAACGAUGAUCAGGUAAACUUCGGCAUAGAUUUGGUUCAACGACGCGUAGAGCAAUCGCAUGUUUCUGAUAAAAACGAUAGGUAUACAACUAAUCCGUUCUCUGAAAAUCUAAUAAACGAAUCGGGUUUUGGGGAUCUUGAGGCUGGGGAUAGUGAAAUGAACGCCGAUUACGUGGAGCUAGGGUUAGGGUGGGGUUUCACUGCACAUGGCGAAGGGGAGGAUGAAAAUGAAAGCUUUAUGAUUACCGAUUGCGGGGGCGAGUUCUUUGUGAGCGAUCGGCGUUCUGUCUCUGAAUCGGGUGAGUCUUCCACGGUUCAUGCUGCGGAACCUUUUGUGGGAGGUCUCCGAGUUGUUGGGAUUGGAUCCGAUUCGGAUGAGGAGGAGGGAGGAGGAUUGGGGGUUGAUUUGCAUUCCUGUGAUGAUGACGAGCUCGAUCGGGUACCGGACGAUAUGGGUCUUCCUCUUUGCUGGGAUUGUCUCCGAUUGGAUGAUCAGAGGGAGGCAAACGAGGAUUUUGAGUGGGAGGAAGUGGAUGAGAGGAUCGAUGAGAGGGAGGUUCUGAGCAUGGUUAUUGAUGUCGAUGAGGACAGAUCGGUUUUGACGGAUAUCCGAACUGGAGAAGAAGAAUCAAGGGAAGACAGGGAAGAAAGCAUUAGAAAUCUGGAGUGGGAAGUUCUUUUGGCCGUCAACAAUCUGGAGAGGAACACAGAAUUGGAGCAUGAGAUUGAAUCCUAUCAUGAUACUGAAUCCUUUCUUGCUGAGGAUUACAUUUACACUGCAGAGUAUGAGAUGCUUUUUGGGCAAUUCACAGGGACCGAAAGUGCACUGAGAGGGAGUCCUCCAGCUGCCAAAUCAGUUGUUGAGAAUCUGCCAUCAAUAUUCUUAACACAAGAUGAUGUAAAGAACAACAAUGUCCUAUGUGCUGUUUGUAAGGACGAUAUCUCCACAGAGGAAGAGGCCAAACGGCUUCCUUGUUCCCACCACUACCAUGGGGAUUGCAUUAUUCCAUGGCUCAACAUCAGGAACACGUGCCCUGUUUGUCGGUUUGAGUUGCCUACGGAUGAUCCUGACUACGAACAGAGGAGAACCCGAAGGGCUGGUCGUCGCCUGCUGGUGGAUUCUCAGGUCAGAAGUGGUUUUGAAAUAUUUUGAGCAUUAGGAUGUGCAAAUGUUGAUAUAGUUUUCCUCUUUUUCAUUGUUGCUGUUUAUGUUUAUUCCGAGUGAAGUGAUAGAGCUGUGCUGUUUUAGCUUGUGAUUUUAGGCUUUUUUUUGUUUUUUUGUUUUCCCUUUUCUUAUUUAUAUAAAUUAUUAUCUAUAUUGUCCUCUUUAUACAUGGUUAGUUGUACACCAACAUCACUUUCAAAUUAAAAUAUAGAUUUUGAAUAUGUUUUAGCA